AUCUGAACUCUGAAGACAAAUGCACACCAAGUGAAUUUCGAUGUCAGGUAACUGUAUCUUAAAUUAUAAUUUGUAGCAAUCUUAUGAGUGAGACCUACUUUCGCAAUUUGUGUUCAUGUUUGCCUGUUUUGUCAUUUACCUGUUUAAUUUGGUUACACCUAGUUUUUGACAAUCUUAAUGGAUGCUGAAUUAAAUGUUACAUAUAUAACUCUUGGUGGGUAUGUGGAAGUGCAGAAAUACAGAUAUGUUUAUUUUGUGAUCAUGUUUACAGCAUAUAUUCUGAUAAUCUGCUGUAAUUCCACCAUCGUAUGCCUCAUCGUGAUUCAUCGAAACCUCCAUGAGCCUAUGUACAUUUUCAUUGCAGCUUUGUUACUGAACUCUCUUCUUUUCAGCACUGCUAUCUACCCAAAGCUUUUGAUUGACUUUUUAUCUGAAAAACAGAUCAUAUCUUAUUCAGCCUGUCUCUUUCAGGUUUUUAUAUUUUACUCUUUAGGCGUUUCAGAAUUCUUACUGUUGGCAGCCAUGGCCUAUGACAGAUAUGUGUCUAUAUGUAAACCUCUGCAAUAUGCAACUAUCAUGAGAAAAAAAACUGUCAGUACUUUGAUAGUUUUAGCGUGGCUUCUGCCUGCUUGUCACGUUGCAGUGCCAAUUGUGCUAAAUGUUAAAAACAAACUCUGUAGCUUUAUUUUAAAGGGUAUUUAUUGUAACAAUUCAACUAACCAUCUUUACUGUGUAAGUUCAACAGCACUAUCUGUAUAUGGUGUAGUUGUUCUAUUUAAUGUUGCACUUUUCCCUAUGGUCUUUAUACUUUUUACGUACACAAAGAUACUUAUAAUAUCCUAUCGAAGUUGUAGAGAAGUCAGGAAAAAAGCUGCACAGACCUGUUUACCCCAUCUGAUGGUUUUAAUCAACACUUCUCUUUUGCUUACAUAUGAUAUUAUAAUAAUUAGACUGAAAUCUGACUUUCCAACUGUACGUUUUGUAAUGACUUUGCAAAUGAUAAUAUAUAAUCCUCUCUUUAAUCCAAUCAUGUAUGGACUGAAAAUGAAAGAAAUUUCUAAACACCUCAAAAGGUUGUUCAAUCAGAUCAAAGUGAACUAAUGCAUGAACACAAAUUUACUCAUUUACUGUCCUUUCUAUUGUAAUAAUAAUGAAUGAAGAGAUGUGAGGUGAUGAUGUCAGAUUUUUGGAAGGUAUAUAAUGUAAGGAGUCAUUUCUAUGACUAAAGCACAAUAAAGAGGAGGACCAGCUUUAACACACUGAUACAUUUGCGGCAGUUAUUUAAAUAUACAACACAACAUUUUUAUUCUGUUUAGUGAUUACACUUUUCAUUUUUUACUAAAAAACAAACCUUGCUGCAUUUAUAUUAGUAGCGUUGUUGUCCGUAUGUGUGUUGAUUAAAUUAAUUUGAAAUGCCAGCCAUGAACAAGAAAAUGCUUUUCUUUUUUCUUUGGUAGUGUUACAGUUUCUGGUGCUUCAGUUCAAAGUGGGGAGUUCAAAUUGUAUAAAUAUUGGACUAAUGCCUGUCUACAUGUUAUUAAGAGCACAGACCAUUAUUCACAAUCCUAAAUGAACAGUAAAUAAAUCAUACUGGAAAUAUGUGUAAUGUAUGAGUUCACUUUUAAAUGAAAAUCUACAAAAUAAUUCAUUAAAUUCAGUGGCAGCUCUCAGUUUGUAUUAGAUGGACUUUUCCGCCUUGUUUGUGAUCUUUUCCGCCUUGUCUGUGCUCAGGCAGAACCUGUGUGUUAGUGGCAUUUUGUUUUCAUCCAAAUCAAAUUGAACAACUCUGACAAUUGUGAUUAUGUUGACCAGAGAAUUAAAUAAAGACGCUAAUGUUGUCUGGCCCAGUGGCCAGGGUUUAGGGCACCAACCAUGAACCGCAAUGUCGCUGGUUGAGUAUCAAUGAAGGCAAAAAGAACCCCCAAAAAUACUCAAAAAAGAAAGAGGAAUGUGUGCUGCGACUGGAAUGCAGCAGCCACGUCCUGCUGCCCUGUCGCCAGACCCCGAUCUUGUUCUCCGGCCACACCGCCAGCCUCUGGAAGGGUUCCACCUUUGCCGCCGGCCUCCAGAGAGCUUAUGUCUUCCCCUGCCGUCCUUCGGUCUUCACCAUGGGCAUCCCGUCAAACCUCCAGAUGGUUUCCGUCUUUGUCGCCAGUCUUUAGUCCGGCCUCCGGAGGGGUUUCGCCUUUGUUGCGGACCUCAUGAGCUGCUCCAUACGUCUGGUCAUCACCUGAACCUACUCAGCCCAUCAGCCCUGCCUUGCUCUGCUCUUCUGUCCACCCCCGGGCCGUCUGCCUGAGACCUUCCGCUUGGCCCUUGAAUCCCUCCUCCAGACCCUUUUCACCCACCCUGAUUUUCCUGCUCACCACUGGACUUGUUUUUUCGGUUUUGAAUGCUUGCCUGCUCGUCCUUUGUAUUGGUUUACCUCUGUUGGACUGCCUGACAUCUGCGUAAGCCUUUCAUGUUUCUUUUCAUUAAAUUACUAAACUGCA